AUGUCUAAACCCAAGCCGCGCGUCGACAUCGGUCGUGAGAGCCCGGAUUACGCGAUAAACAGGAUUAUCUCGGCUGCUAGGAGCCACAGGACCAUUCCCGCCGCUGAGCUAUCGACACCUGCUGCUAAUGCUACCGACAGCAUGGGCCGCAAGCAGAUCUGCCACGAUCAUCUCCACGAAGACCGCGCCAGGCUGAUGAGGAGUACAACCCCUUCCUCUGAAGCACCGAUUUCCUCUCUCAAGGCCGAGAUCGCUACCCUAGAGCCCAUUAAUGCCAAGCUGAAGGCCAAGAUCGCUACCCUGGAGUCCUUGAAUGCCAAGCUCAAGGUUGAGAAUCAAAAGUUUGAAGUCACGACUUCCCAGUUCAAGGGAGCUAAUGACAGGCUAAAGUCUGAAAUUUACAAGAUCAAUUCCGAGGGUGACAGGCUUAAGGAAAACAUUCGCAAGCUUAAUGGUGAGAACUUUAAGCUUAUGGACAAGAACCGCAAGCUUAAUGAUGAUAACGGCAAGCUUCGCGAUGAUAAUGUCAAGCUCCGGGGAGAGAAUAAGCUCCUUAAAGACCAGAACAUCAAGCCCAACGAGGAUAAUGAGGAGCUCAAGGGAGACAACCGAAAGCUCAAGGACAAGAAUGACAGCCUCGAGUCCCAACUCUCUUGCCACGACAUCCUCAUUCGUUCCCUGAAGGACGAGAUCAGCGAAAAGAGAGCCACGCUCAACAACUCCCGAGACUUCGCCCAGGAAGUCAUCAUGGGAUUUCUCACGAGCGGCUACAAAUUGCCCGAUGGCCUUCCAGACCACCUGACCGCCACCUACGAGAAUGCCAUGGAGUUAAGCAAGUCGAUCACCAAGGAGCUCGGCCCCAAGAGGCUGCCCAAGCACGAUGCCGGACCCGGUUCGGGUACGAGUCCGACCCUCUCUGGCAAGAGCACCGAUAACGGCAACGGCUGCGUCAGGAACGGACCUCUCCUUGACGAGCCUGUUGCUAAGAGGCUCAAGCGUGAUCAUGAUCCGGAGAGCGCCUCUCAGUCGGCCGGUGAUGACAUCCUACGCACUGAGGACUCGGAGACUCUUGAACACAUAUCUCUCUACUCUUUCCACUCCGAUAACGCCGACGAUGACGACGAGGAAGUUUGA